AAAAAAAAAACAAUCCUUUCACGACUCAACGUAUAGCCAUAGCACAAAGACAUAAUGGGUUCCGUUUUCUUACCCCACUUACACACCGGAUGGCACGUUGAUCAGGCCAUCCUAUCGGAAGAUGAGAGACUAGUCAUUGUGCGAUUCGGCAGGGACCACGACAAGGACUGUAUGAUCAUGGACGAGCACCUAUACAAUGUGGCCGAGAAGAUUAAAAACUUCGCAGCUAUCUACCUCUGUGACAUUGACCAGGUUCCUGACUUUAACCAGAUGUACGAGUUGUAUGAUCCGUGCACGGUGAUGUUCUUCUUCCGAAAUAAGCACAUGAUGUGUGACUUCGGGACCGGGAACAACAACAAGUUGAACUUUUCCAUUGGCGAGGAUUCUCAGGACUUGAUUGAUAUUAUUGAAACGAUUUAUCGUGGUGCCAGGAAGGGCAAGGGUCUUGUGGUGAGUCCGAAGGAUUACUCCUCCAGGAUGAAUAUUUGAUGGAGCUAAGCCUUGGCUUGAUAGAUGCUAAUCACGGCCGAACUAAUAUAUGAUUACGACAAACCGGUGUAUGUUU